GCCAAGAAGCCAUGCCGCUCUACAAGCAGGUACUACUGACCAACCUCAAGUCACCACCCAAGGACGUGGCGCGUGUGUUCCAAGACUGCGCGUCGCUUAUCACAUCCCAGGGCGGUGUGAUCCGUGGUACGGAGAAUCGCGGCGAGAAACGCUUGGGCUACGGCAUCGAGGACCGCCGGUGGGGUGCCCUGCAGCGCCACUACGAGGGAAAACUCAUCGUACAACAGUUCAACACGUCUCCUGCUGUGCUGAAGGAGGUGGAAGCUAAGCUUAAGAACAGUUUCCCCAUCAUCCGCUUCCAGACCUUCAAGAUCCGCGACCCCUUGGACAAACUCAUGAACACACGCAUGACGCUGGAGGAGGCCCAACUGCUGCUUAACCCUGCAGCCAAUGCUAAGGCCGAGCAAGCUGCCAGACAAGCUAAAGAGGCUCGCCGUCCACGUAACCCCAACCUUGCUGACGUCAAGCCUGAGGACUUUUUCGACAUGGACGACGAGAAGGAGGCAGCGCAGUUCAAGCAGUACGUGCCCGAGUGGAAGCGCGACGCGCUCUUCGAACCGGACGUGCCCGCACACCUCCAGGACAAGCAGCACUAG